AGACCACAGCGAUGUCACAGGCUUGGAUGCGGAUUUAGCAAUGUGACCGUGGUACAAGGCCAUCGAUCGCCCCUAAAAACCCUUCGAGGCCUGCCAAGAACUGUUCCGUUCACCUGAUUGUGACAGGCGAAAAUGCGAAAACUUCCUGCCUUGGACCGCAUGUUCAUAACCUCAACAUAGUUACAGUCUAUAAUUUAUGGAGUCAAGUGAGUUGAAGAUGAAGAAAGGACCUCAAAGGCUUACACUGGCUCAAAUAUUGCCAUCAAUAGCUGCGUGCUAUUUGGCGUAUGCAUUUACGCCAUAUUUAUCCGGAAAAAAGGGCACAUUGGAUUAUUCCUCUUUCAAGCAUCUACCACUUUUCAAUAGCGACAGUGCACAGCAUCCUUUCCCUUCUAUAUGCUCUGCCGCCAAAUCCUGCUGGAAUAUCCGUCCCCGACAGAAGUACCUUGUACUUUGCCAGGGUUACGGCCUUGUCGAUGACGAUGACAGGAUUGUAUCUUUUCAAUGUAGGUAUCAUAUUUCUGUCGUGAAUCGCACUUUAUUGUACUUUCUUUCAGGUUCUUGUUCUGCAUUUAUUACUCAUCUGGAGGCUUUAUUUGGUUUGGGAUCAUAACUUGAUCCUUGCUAUUGUUAUGGUAAGAUAUCUUUCCAUUACUUAUCGCGACUUUUACGAGCGUCGAGAUUGCUAGCUAAUUCUGGAAACUG